AUGUUGUCCAUCUUCCAAGAGCUGAUUGCCUCUCCCAUCUCUACCAUCCCGACUUCAGCCCACUUUGUCUCUUUUACCGCCAAUCCACGAUCGGGUAUUGACGCUAUGCAAGCCACCGCCGGCGGCACGAUGAUAGACAACACGGAGCAGCUGGCUGAGGAAUACAAUCAGAUUCUAGAAAUCAUCGCAACGAAGGCGGAGGAGGACAAGGACCUCGCAGCCAAGCUGAGGUUCUCGAUACAGCUCAAGAAGGCCCCCCGUUGGCACCAGAUCUAUCAAUUCCGCGGACCCGACAUGGACACCACCGUCCUUCUGACUGAAUAUCGAGCCUGGUGGACCCAUAAUCCCGCCCAUUUCUUCACCCAAUGCCUGGCGCCGCUCCAGGGAGUCUCACACCCGCUGGCUGCUGCAGCAGGCCAGUGCCUUUGGCGGGACAAGCAUGACGCCUGGGGCGCCAUGAUACGUCGUGCACACCUGGUGAACUUCUCUCGGAUGCAGAAGAAGUUCGACCUCCCGGUGGAGAACAUGGUGGAGAUGCUACAGCCACAUUUUGCCAGCUACUCCAAAGAGGACCUCAUCCGGAAGGUCACAGAGCUCCUUCGCAGAGGAUCUGUCCUCGAGGCUUUCGUCCAAGACACUUGCCCCGGAUUCAUUUACGCGAUAGGUCAAGGCUUUACAGAUCUGUAUGUUUCUUGA